AUGGACACAUCAAGAGUCUACAGAAAUGUGAAGACAUUUAGGUCUCCAGGGUAUAAGCAAGCAUCAUCCCCAUCUCUCCCCCCAGAUGCAUGUCGGUGCCCACACUGGCAUCAUUUGGCUCUGAAAUUUGGCUGUGCUGGGCUAAUCCUUCUUCUCUUGAGCUUGAUUGGACUCAGUGUCUUAGUGAGAUUCCUAGUGCAAAAAUCACCAAUAUGCAGUGUGGCUGUUCAAGAGAACAGGACUGGACUAACAGGAAGAUCAGCCAUACUAGAGUGCCCGAGACACUGGCAUCAACACUGGAACAAAUGCUUAUUUAUUUCUCAAAUUUCCAAACCUUGGACAGAAGGUCUAGCAGCCUGCUCUAUAAAAGAUGCCACUUUGUUGCACAUUGAAACUAAAGAAGAACUGAGGUUCGUGCAGAACUUUAUAAAGGGAAAAGAACAGCUAUUUUUUAUUGGACUAAAUUAUGUACAAGAGGAGAAGAUCUGGAAGUGGAUAAAUGGCUCUAUUUUAAAUCCUGACUUAUUACAAAUCACUGGCAAGGAUGUAGAAAACAGCUGUGCCCUCAUCUCACACACAGAAGUGUUUUCGGAUUCCUGUUCUUCAGACAACCAUUGGAUCUGCCAAAAGACCCUGAAACAUGUCUGA